GUUGGAAAAGGUGAUACAUCAGGGGGUAUAAGUGAUCCUAAUGAUCAUUUUUGUUGGAUGAGACCAGAAGACAUAGAUUACGAACGACCUGUGACUGUAUGCUCUACUUGCUCAGACCUAGCGGCUGAGAUGGCGGCCGCUUUAGCUUCUGCCUCCAUUGUUUUCAAGGACAACAAGGACUACUCGAAGAAACUGGUUCAUGGCGCUGAAACUCUUUGGAAGUUUGCUAGGAACCAGCGUGGUUUGUAUAGUGCUGGUGGAGCUGAAGCUGCAACUUUCUACAAUUCGAGCAUGUAUUGGGACGAGUUUGUGUGGGGAGGAGCUUGGUUGUAUUAUGCAACCGGCAAUCAGUCGUAUCUUUACCUUGCUAGCCACCCAACACUAGCCAAGCAUGCCGGUGCCUUUUGGGGAGGACCCGACUAUGGGGUUCUUAGCUGGGACAACAAGCUCACUGGAGCUCAAGUGCUACUGACUCGAUUGAGAUUAUUUCUGAGUCCCGGUUAUCCAUAUGAACAAACAUUGAAGACGUUUCAUAACCAGACGAGCAUAAUCAUGUGUUCGUACUUGCCAUACUUCACAAGUUUUAACAGAACGAGAGGAGGAUUGAUCCAAUUAAAUCACGGGAGACCUCAGCCUCUUCAGUACGUUGUUAAUGCCGCCUUUCUAGCGACCCUCUUCAGUGACUAUCUCGAUGCUGCUGACACUCCUGGAUGGUAUUGCGGGCCCAAUUUCUACUCGUCAGAUGUGCUACGCAAAUUUGCCGAGACUCAGAUUAACUAUAUUCUUGGCAAGAACCCAAGGAAGAUGAGCUAUCUUGUGGGUUUCGGGAAUCACUUCCCGAAACACGUUCACCACAGAGGAGCGUCGAUUCCUAAGAAUAAGAUCAAAUACAACUGUAAAGGAGGAUACAAAUGGAGAGACUCAAAAAAGCCGAAUCCCAACACGAUAACCGGAGCUAUGGUUGCCGGGCCAGACAGGAAUGAUGGAUUCCAUGAUGUGCGAACAAACUACAAUUACACGGAACCAACGAUUGCUGGAAAUGCUGGUUUGGUUGCAGCCCUGGUGGCGCUUUCUGGUGAUCGAACAACAAAUAAGGUUGAUAAGAAUACGAUUUUUUCAGCAGUGCCUCCAAUGUUCCCAACUCCACCACCUCCACCAGCUCCAUGGAAGCCAUGAAAAGGAAUAUUUGAACCAGUCGAGGCUAAUGAGGUUGGUGAUUGAUGGAUGGAUGAAGAUGGAAUGGCCAUUUUGCUUUCUCAAGUGGAAUAUGUGAUUAUAUAUAUAGUUAUGCAUGUUUCUAGUGUAUGUAAGUAAAUUAAUUAAGCAAAUAAUAUAUUAUUCCUCUUUUGAAACAAUAGAAUUUUGGUCACACGCUUGUGCU